UUCCCGGUGAAGAACCAGAAUCAGGAGCAUCUGUGACCUUCUCUUCUUCUCUUCUUCUUCUCUGGAGUUCCACACGGAGUUAUAGAUAAUAAUAAGAGGUUAUAGAGUGUUAGGUGUGUGGUAUAGGUAAAUGAUGGCGAGCUGCAGUUCAGUAAUGAAAGCUCUGGUUUUCCUCACAUUUUCUCUUCAUCUUUCAUCAGCAGUGAAACACUCUCUGCAGUACGUCUACACUGCAGUUACACCAGGAAUAAAUUUCCCAGAGUUCACUGCUGUUGGUCAGGUGGAUGGACAGCAGUUUGACUAUUACGACAGUAAGAUCAGGAAAGUGAUCCCAAAGACGCAGUGGAUCCAAAACAAUGAGGGAGAAGAUUACUGGAACAAAAACACACAGACUGUGCAGGGAACUCAGGAGAUCUUCAAAGUCAAUAUGGGAACUCUAAUGCAGCGCUUCAAUCAGACUACAGGAGUUCACACAGUACAGAAGAUGUACGGCUGUGAGGUUGAUGAUGACGGCACUGUUACAGGAUACAUGCAGUACGGUUAUGAUGGAGAAGAUUUCUUCAGUUUAGAUCUGAAGACUCUGAGUUGGGUCGCUCCCACACCUCAGUCUGUGAUCACCAAGAACAAGUGGGAUUCUAAUACUGGUCUGAAUAAGAAUUGGGAGAAUUACCUGAAGAACAUCUGUCCUGAGUGGGUACAGAAAUACCUGACUUACGGCAAACACACUCUGGAGAGGAAAGAUCGUCCUGAGGCGUCUCUGUUCCAGGAAGAAGCUUCUUCUCCAGAGGUGGUGUGUCAUGCUACAGGUUUCUUCCCCAAAGCACUGAUGAUCUCCUGGAAGAAGAACGGACAGAAUGUACUCACGGAUGUGGAUCUCAGAGAGACGUUACUCAACCAGGAUGGAAGCUUCCAGAAGAGGAGCAUUCUGAAAGUCUCAGCUGAGGAGCUGCAGAAACACACCUACACCUGUGUGAUUGAGCACAGCAGCUUGGAGAAGGAUUUAGUGCUGCCUGUGAGCGAGAGACGAAUCCUGAGAGAUGGAGGAUCAGGUGGAGGACUGAUUGGGAUCAUCGUUGGUGUCAUCGUGGCUCUCGUUGUUCUCGUUGCUGUUGUUGCUGGAAUUGUGGUCUGGAAGAAGAAGAACUCUGGAUUCAAAUCUGUUCCAUCUAGAGCCUCCUCUGAUGGAGAUUCCAAUGAAUCCGAAAGUGUGAGGGUUAGGGUUCCUGCUGAGUGAGAGAGUAAGACAUGAUGAUGUUUACACUGUAAUCUGCUGGAAUAAAAAGGAGAGGAGGAUCAAACACACACACACACACACACACACACACACACACACAUUAUUCCAGUAGUGUAUCUUGCAGUGGGAUGUUCUUCCUGUAUGUGGGUGGAGGAGGUUUGGAUUAUUGGGGAUUUUUCUGGGUUUCUGUUUUAUUGUGUGUAAAUUUUUAAACCUGGGGUUUGUUCUUCAUACAUCAUUUACUACAUCUGAGCUCAAAUAACACAAUCAUCUCAGUGUGGGAAAUAAGUUCUGGUUAGUUUGGUUUCCUUAAACGCACGUGCAGAUGUGAUGAGAACAGCUGGAUUGAGAGAACAAACCUCUGUUUUUUGUAACAUCUGUAGAUGAUGAAUGAGGAUUUACAAUCAUUUAUUUUUUACUUUUAGUAUAAACACACACACACACACACACACACACACACACACACACACACAUGAUUCUGAUUCUGAUUUUCUUUAUUAUUAUUAUGUCUUUAUAGUGAUUAAGUGUGUAUCUGUAUAUCAGGAGUGUAUGAGCUUCUUUUCAGUGUAAAUGUAUAUAAAUGAUUAAAUGUAGGAUGAAGAUCAGAUCAGAUCAUAAAAUCAGUACCUGAUGGUGUGAUUUCUGGAUUGAAGCUCUGAAUGCAGUGAGAUUUUCCUCAGCAGCUGAUUGGUGUGAAUGUUGUUCAGAUGUGAGGGAUGUGGAAGAGAUUUGAGUAAAGAGUAAAAGAACAGGAGUGAACACAGCAGAAGCAGGAGUUCAUGCUGAAUGAUCACAACUCCAAACGUUUCUUUACUCCACAAGCGCAAAACAUAAAGAUACAAAACCACACGCCACUGAUUACAUUCUUUACAUUAUUUAUUACUCAACCAAAUUUAAUACAAUCCAUUCAACACAUCUCACAUCUGUACAACCCAAAUCUCCCAUAAUGCAUCUGUUCUGUCACUGUAACUAUCUGAAUGAUCAAUAAAGUGGAUUUUCUUCA